CGCAGCACGACCGACACCGCGAUGGACAGCUCGCCCACCGCCCUCUUCGACUCGUACGAACAGGACUUCCAGCAGAUCCUCCAGAGCAUACGCGACAAGCUCGACGGCGAUGCCGCCGACGCCCGCGGAGAACAGAAGAAGGCCGCCCUGCGCCGCGUCGAGAUGGAGCUCGACGAGGCAGACGAAAUGAUCUCCCAAAUGGAGAUCGAGAUCAACGGCAUCCCGCAGUCCCUCAAAGCCGCCUACCAAGCCCGCACGCGCACCGCCAAAGCCGACCUCGCGCGCGCCAAGAAGCGCUCCAAAGACGCCCACGCCCACCUCGCGCGCUCAGACCUCCUCGCGCGCUCCUCCUCCAGCCCCAACGGCGCGACGUCCGACGAGCCGUACGGCGCGGACGGCGUGCGGGGGGACAGGACGCGGCUGUUGGCGGGCACGGCGCUGCUGGAUGACGGGACGAGGAGGCUGCAGGAGAGCCAGCGCAUUGCGCUCGAGACGGAGGAGCAGGGCGCGGGGAUCCUGCGCAGCCUCCGCGGGCAGCGCGAGCAGAUCGAGAACGCGCGCGACACGCUUGGCACGGCGGAGACGUCGAUUGGGCGCGCGAGCGGGACGCUGAAGCAGAUGAUCAGACGGAUGUACCAGCAGCGCGUCGUCACGGGGGCCAUCAUCCUCGUGCUCGUGCUCCUCAUCGCCAUCAUCCUCUGGGAGAAGCUGCACUAGACCCCGCGUCGCGUCGCGCGCGCUCGCUGGCGAGAUCGGACAUUAGCGUUGCGUUGCGUUGCGUUGCGAUGCGUUGCGAUGCGAUGCGUUUUUGAGAGAGAGAGCGUGUGUGUGUGUGUGUUUGCUUGCUUGCGCGCGCGCGGCUUGGGGAGAGCGGGGCGCGGGUUCGAUUUAUGUAUGCUAGGCUUGGUCGGGAUGUGUGUCUUGUGUUCGUGCAUGUGUCGCCGUGAGGCCGUGUCGGACACUCGUUCGGCGCGUCGUCGUGUC